AUGUUCAUUCUAAGCUUUAAUCACUUGAUAGCCAAGGGUCCUGACACGGUCUCCAGUGCCAUUAAGUUCGAGAAGAGCCAGCUUUGCUAUGGCAGUGUGGCAUUGGUGUCAGUUUUGCAGUCAAGAUGGCGAAGGAGAUGGCAUCUUUGCCGAUUGGCAACCAAGAAGGCGAAGCGGGGCUUCCAAGUGGAUCCGCCUAAGGUGAGAAACGUGGAGGUCUUGGAAGCUGAAGUAGAAGCAGAGGUGAUUGAAGAUCGCAGGGUUGUGCUGCCUGAGGACACUGAUGCUGUGGAUCCAGAGGUUUUGUCAGACGACAUGAGUGAACUCGAGGAGGCAGCAGAAGGAGGGGAUGUGGGUGCGAUGUUCCGGUUUGGAAAAGCUCUGCUGCAGGGGUGGGAUGGCCAAGAGGCAAACAAGGCUAAAGGCUCGCAGUGGCUUCUACGCUCAGCAGAACAGGGACAUCGACCUGCGCAAAGUGCAGUAGGAGAGAUGUUCUAUACUGGCUUAGGCUUGCCACAGAACAAAGAAGAAGCAUACAAGUGGUUGAAACGAGCAGCUGCGCCACCAGUACCCGAGGCGCAGUUUAACCUAGGAGUGAUGCUCCAAACCGGAGAUGGCGUGCCGAUGGACAAGAAGAAGGCAUACAAGUACUACUUGGCAGCUGCGCGUGCAGGGGUGGCUCGAGCAAUGAAUAAUAUAGGUUACAUGCUUCGCUUUGGCGAUGGAAUCGAAGAGAACAAAGAGGAGGCUUUAGAGUGGUAUUUGCAGGCGGCGAAGACGGGUGAUAUGGAUGCACAAUAUCACCUCGGAGAGAUGUACCACGAAGGCCAUGGCACAAAGAUCAACAAACGUCGCGCGGGCAGAUGGUUUUUGAAGGCUGCGGAGCAGGGACGAAAGGAAGCUCAGUACAAUGUCGCGAUGAUGUACCACUUUGGUAAUGGCCUGCCAGCUGACCGACCAGAAGCGUCAAAGUGGUACCGUAAAGCAGCAGAGCAGGGCCUGGAGAGUGCCCAGUAUGCCUUGGGUGUGAUGUUUGAGCGUGGAGAAGGCAUUGAGGUCGACUUCGACGAGUCCUUCAAGUGGUACAAGAUGGCAGCUGAAGCAGGGCAUGUGAUGGCACAGAACAACCUUGGGGCGCUCUACUACCUGGGGCAGGGUGUGCCGGAGGACAAAGCCACAGCUGCUGCUUGGUUUGAAAAAGCCGCCCGCGAGGGGCACGCCCAAGCCAUGAAGAAUUUGGGCAAGAUGUAUGCGGCAGGGGAUGGCGUUCCACAAGAUGAGGAGAAGUCAGACUAUUGGUUCAAGAAAGCUGGCAUGGGCGAGCUCUAUGUGAAGGGUAAGCGUGCAACAAAUCUGUAG